AGCAGCUAUAAAUCCUCGACUCGGACCCUCCUCGGCACCGUCUCCUUUCUCCCACCUGACUGUCCUGCACCUGAAGCUCUGCAUAAUGGCCUUCAACGGGAAGUAUGAGCUGGAGACCCAUGAGAACUUCGAGCCCUUCAUGAAGGCUAUUGGCCUCCCUGACGACUUGAUCCAGAAGGGCAAGGACAUCAAGAGCGUCUCUGAGAUCGUCCAGGAUGGAAACUCCUUCAAGGUCACCGUGACGACGGGCAACAAGGUGCUGGUCAAUGAGUUCACCGUGGGGCAGGAGGCCGAGCUGGAGACCAUCACAGGGGAGAAGAUCAAGACUGUGGUGACAAUGGAGGGCAACAAGCUGAAAGUGUCGCUGAACAGAAUAGAGUCUGUGACCGAGGUCUCUGGAGACAAGAUCAUCAAUACCAUGACCCUUGGAGGAAUUGUUUACAAGCGAAUCAGCAAGCGAGUUUAGAACGACAGUAUUCUUUGCAUGCCUGUAAUAUUUUGAAUUUGUUAAUAAAACGAUUGUGGUCUUGUG